ACGAGGAAUUGGAAUUAAUAAACAGAAAUUUAAGCAACGCCCUGACCAAAUUAAAAACCAGCAAAAACGAUGACCUGCAGGAUCGCAAGGAGAAGAUGGCCCGGCUGAUCCGCCAGCACUUGCAGCACGUGCGAACCACGGUGGUCACGCACAGGCGGAGGACGCAGCAGAGGACCAGGCGGAGAUUCAGGAUCCUGCGCUCCUUUUUCAUGCGCCAGAUGAUGGAGAUGCACUCGAACUACCUGCAGAUGUACGCCAUGCUGCGCCUGAAGCACUGCCAAGCGGAGGACACCGAAGACUCCGAGGAAGAAGACUCUCAAGAGCCAAUGGAUCUGCUGGCAGACUUUCCCAACUUCGAUUCGCAUUUCUUUGAGCAUGUGAUUCCCGAGAUGAGCGAGGAGGAGUUCCUCAACACACUCCAUGUCUCGCGGGGAACCUUCGAGACGCUGUGCAAGCAGUUGGCCCCCACUCUGCGGACUUCGGAGGAGCUGACGCGAAAGCUACCAGCUAUUUCGCCGGAGAAAUGCGUUGCCCUGGCCCUUUUCUUCCUGGCCAGCGGCGAGCGGCUCUCCCUGAUUGCCGAGCGCUUUUCCCUGCCCCGUCCCAGGACCAUCAAGUGCCUGAAGGUCUUCUGCAACGCCGUCAUGUCCACCUUGGGCCGGGCGCUUCGUCAGUUGCCUCGCCAUCCAGUGGACUGCAGCAGUGUGGCCGAGGGCUUUCAGCGCGAGAGCAACAUGCCCGCCGCUCUGGUCGGCGUCGUGGGCGUCUGCUCCAUCCCGAUCCGUGCCAAUGGCGAGGCCAAGAACUCGGUGCUGCGCAUGGAGUACCUCCUCGAUGAUCGAAUGCUCUUUCGGGAACUGCAAUUGGGCUGUGGCCUGCGGGCCACCAUGGCGCCCAUGUUUUCGCAUUCACCCAAUACCCUCUCAAUGCUGCCCAAAUUCCGGAUUAACUCCCGCCCGGUUCCUGCUUUUGUUCUGGCUCCAGUCAACCAAAACUAUCCUUUACGUCCCUGGCUUCUCCAGCGCUAUGUGGAUCCGAUUGCGCCGCACGAGCAUGAUUUCAACGAGGUGGCCGAGCAUCUGCAGGAGUUGAGUGACUGCGCCCUGCAUCGUCUCAUGUCCCGCUGGAGUUUUCUCAGUCAGCCUUUGGACAUUAGUUUCCACACAGCAUCCUGCAUCAUCACAGCAGCCGCAGUGCUGCACAAUCUACUGGAGGAGCUAAGCGAACCGCACAUGCUGGAGUGGGGAAAUACGGUGGAUGUGUCCAAGUUUCGGGCGGAACCGAUAUCAGAUUCAAUUGACGAGGGCUCGCAAUCGCAUGCGGCACUUGAAAUACGAGACUUUUUAGCCAGAACCAUAAGUUCCACGGAAAUUUAAGCCAAGCGUAUAAUAAAUACAAAUUUAGUUACAUUAU